AUGGACGAAGUCUUUGCCCCAAAUUUGACCCAUGAGGCGAUUAAUAUCCAAACCCAGGAAUCAUUUGGAAUGUGGUUGGACUACCAUUUUCCAAGUUACCACGCUUCCUACACCGACCGUGUGGAGAUGAAUUGGAUGGACUUUAUACGAAGCAGGUGGUCCACGUUUCCGCAGGCACUAAUCUGGGCAGUCCGCGCCUUAACUUCUUUACGCAUGGGGGCGGUACGAGGCAAUAAGGAAAUCAUAGCUUGCGCUCGUCAUAUGUAUGGUCGGGGUGUAAACCAUCUAGCCGCUCUCCUACAUACACGAGCCGCACUUGCAGAUGAGACUCUUGCAGCUGCCAUUUUACUAGGCGGAUAUGAGAUGCUAGAUGGCAGUAGUGAUCGCUCGUGGAUCAUUCAUUCGCAUGGUAUCAGCCAGCUGUUCUGCGCCCGUGGCCCUUCAGCACAUACGCAUGGAAUAGGCCGGACCCUUCUCCUUUCUUGGCGGCCUUACAUAGUCGCGGAUGCCUUCAUCCAUAUGCAACCCUGUUUCCUAGGUGGUUUGGAGUGGACGUGCGCAUCUUUCCCCAGGGGAAAAGACCAGUGGAAGGAACCUAGUAUCCUAGGUCAGACGAUGGACCAUGCAUUUAAUGAAGUCGCCAAAUGCCCUGGCUACUAUGCAAUGACAGAAUACUUUACCACUUCGGAAACAAAUGUCGAUCCACCCAUGCUCAACGCCCUGGUGGGUUGCAUUCUCAAAUCAAGAGAAAGACUUGUUCAGCUUCACGGCAUACUCGUGGAAACGAAUGCCCCUGGGUCCUUUGUUGGAGUGAUUCCACAAAGGUACGCAACAACACUGGUACAGGGAACUCGACAUGGAAUCAACUCUGCCGUCGCACUGCUCGAUCAGUUAAUGACGUUGCUUAAGUCUUGCCUAAAUAGGGGGACCAACCCUAUUCAAGUGGCAGACUUUGACUAUAAGCCACAGGAAGACCAAUGGCGUCUUUUCGCGGGACUUCAAGCUCUCAAACCCAACACGAAUCAAUUGCCCCUUUCCCCAAAUUCAGAAGACCCAAGUUUGGCUACCCAUGCUAUCGGGGAUAAGCUGGAUAAAUUUUCGUUAACAAUGGGGAUGGGGAGUCUGACACCAGAUGCAUGCGGUUGCCCACAAUUAUCAGCGCGUAUCUGA